AUGAAGGUGGAGGCGGAGUCGGGAGCGAGAAUGGGAAACAGAAGAUGGGAGACGGAGACGGGAGACGCGCUUGGUGUUGCGGGGAUUCCGACCAGCUCAGGUCAACAACGAUUCAACUCCGGUUGCAUUGAAACCACUCAGAGGUUGUUAAGUUGUCUCGGCCCGGUAUGCGACUCGAGCCAACACCAAGUAAUUAUAGCCUCCGGUAGAUCAGGUCGCUCGACUAACAAGCAUAUUCUCCACGGCAAUGGCCUGUCUCCUAUCGACUUGACGUCCGGCUAUCGAACUAAUUAG